UCCUGGUCCGGCGAGAGAGCCGCGGGCGCCUUUCCGCUUACCGCGGGCCUGCCCAGCCUCCCGUCCAGCCCGGGCCCGGGUCCCGCCGAGGCAGGUGUGCGCGGCGGACUCGCUCUCGGGCACUCGGCGAGACCGAGCUCCACCCCGAACGCCACCGGGCAGGCCACGCGCAGACCCGAGCCCAGGGCCCCCGCCUCUGGCUGCCGGCCCGCGCUCGGCCCCGGUCCCGCCUCCCGGAGGUUUUCGCUUUCGCUUUCCUGCCGAUGUAGUUGAGGAAAAUGAAAGUGGUUGUGUCCAGGACAGGCGCAGCUGCCGUUCCCGACGAGGGGCGCAGAAUGCGGCGGCGGCCAGCCUGGAGCGCAGGCCCUGGGGCGCCCGCGCCGGGCGAGGUGGCAGCACACCCAGGCCCCCCAGGCAGUCCUGAGGAUGGCCAGCAGAGAAACAAGAAAAUGGACUCCCUGGCUGCUGGAGAGUUGAAUGCCAGGCACCAGCCAUGGGUACCAGAGUUCGUAGCGCAUUGGAGGAAAACACAUCAAGGAUGGCUAUUUUAAAACAACAACGACCUGAAAAUAAGUGUUGGCAAGGAGCUGAAGAAAUAGUACCUUUGUGCAUUGCUGGUGGGAACAUAAAAUCAUGCAGCCUCUGUUGAAAACAGUGUGGUGGUUCCUCAAAAACUUAGUUAUCAUAUGAUCCAGCAGUUCCACUUCUAGGAAUAUACCCAAAAGAAUUGAAAGCAGGGACUCGAAGUGAUAUUUGUACACCAAUGUUUGUAGCAGUAUUAUUCACAAUAGCCAAAAGGUGGAAACAACCCAGAUGUCCAUGACAAGAGGAGUGGAUAAACAAAAUAUGGUGGAUACAUAAAAUGGAACAUAAUUCAGAUUUAAAAAGGAAUGAAAUUCUGUUACAUGUUAUAACAUAGAUGAACCUUAAAAACAUUAUGCUAAGUGAAAUAAGCCAGACACAGAAGGACAAAUACCAGAUGAUCCCACUUAUAUGAGGUACCUAGAAUAGUGAAAUUCAUAGAGACAGAAAGUAGAAGGAUGGUUGCCAGUGGCUGGAAGGAGGAGGAACAGGGAGAUAUUGCUUAGCGGAUGCAGAGUUUAUGUUGAGGGUGAUGAAAAAGUUCUGGAGAUGGGUGGUGGUGAUGGCUGCACAACAAUGAGAAUGUACUUCAUACUAUGGAACGCUGCACUUAAAAAUGGUUAAAAUGGACAGAGACAUUUUAUGCCUAUUUUGCUAUAACAAGAAAGUAACUUGGGUGUAUUUUAGAGAUUUUAGAAAAUAUUGUAAGCACAAGAGGAAAAAAUUAAAAUCAUUCGCAAUCACCAGGUAGAGACAACGACUGUUAAAAGUUCAGUGUGUAUCUUUUCAGUCUCCUUCUCUCUCAAAAAAGUGUGUGUGUGUGUGUGUGUGUGUGUGUGUGUGUGUGUGUGUGUGUUUGUGUGUGUGUCUUCAGAGGCCACACGGGACUGGAAAGGUUCCCCUCUCUGCUGCUUCCCCGCGUGGAGCCAUAGAGAGCAAGUCUAUCCCUGUUCCAGAGGUCAAUCCUUUGAAUGAUUUCUCAUGGCUGCGUUCACUCCCCUGCACCUCCAGGGUUGCACUUCUCUGAAAAUGCCCAUUUCUUUUAUGCGUCUAAAAACAUGGCACCCAUGACCCAAUAAUAUGUUGGAAGGGGUUGGAGAGAAGAGCGAGUGCCUCUCACACCUUCUCACACACCACACAUCUUAGCAACGGCUGAGUGAGCAUGUCGGCUCUCCGGACUCCUCAGUCUGUUGGUCUGGGCUGCGCCAGGCUAAGGCUCCCCGCCUCCCCUGCAACCUUGAUCCCCUUGCUUCUUGAACCUGAUGCUGGGCCUCACAUUCUCCCUGUUGAUACUAGCUCUUAAAUCCUGCUUUUCCAGCUUGUCAGGAAACUGGGCCCUCAUGCCCCAAAAAGCAGAUCCACCCUCUCCACUGAGAGGGAAGGAGUGAAGGUCCCAUAGCCUCUGACCCCUGCUGGGCCCAGGAGAGGAACAACUGCUUGCUUUGUUUCUCACGGGAGAAGUGUGUCUCCUCUUUGUCUCGGGCACCCCUCUUCCCUGUACAGCAGCAAGUCAGCAGGAAGGAGCUGAGCCGCCCAAGCAGUGGCUCCUUCCACUACGGGGACUCUGUGGUCCUGGGGGCUGUCCUGCCUCCACUGCCAUAGGCCUGGCCCCGGAGCAUGCUGCAGCGGUCACAACCUAUGGAGGUGCCCCCAGACCCUCAUAUUUGGGCCCAACUACGGCCUCCUUCCCCAGCUUUGCCACCUGGCUUGGAAGCCAGGGCACCACCAGCUUCGCUGGCAGGGAGAGGUGAAGACAGUUAGAGAGGGACAGUGCAUUCAUUUACCUCCAAAUCCAGCCACAGACACGUGGCCCUUUUCUCUUGGCUCCGAGGCCUCCACAGAAGGGUUUUUUAAGGUUGCAGCCAGGACCUUUACAGCCCAGUCCUGAGAAGAUUAUCUUUUUAUUGCAACUUUGAUUAAUGAUUGAUCAAAACCUGAUACUAGAAACACUGAAGAACAAACUUGCUGUAGACAUUGGGAAAGGUCUGCAUCUGACAGGCCUGGAGACCUGCCCACCCUCCCCCAUGGUCAAAGCAGGGCAGAGGUACAUUGGAAGACCCAACCCCCACACACUCUUACACAUGCACUCAUACACAGACACACUGAGGGGAGAGAAAGAUUUAAUUGUCCUUAAAUCCUCUUGGAUUAGGCUAUAAAUUGCAAAUAAAUGGAGCAGCAGACAGAGCAAAGCACAUAAGGGCCCUUAAUAGAAUUUCUCUAUCUUGUUCUGUUUCUAUGAAUGCCUGCUACAAAUUAGCAGCUUAAAGGGAAAUCUGGAGUGUGGGAAAGAGAGACCCUUGUGUGAAGAACACAGCCUGGGCUUCCUACAGACGUCAGGUCCCAGAGAACAUGUAAGAUGCCUCCAACACCAGAUGGAAGAGGGCAGGAGAUGCUGCACAGUGAAGCAGCUCUUCCCGAGCAUUUGUGGCAGGAAGUGACUUGGAGAGGAUGAGGCCGUGCCUCAGGUGUGCUCUGGCUGUUCUGAUGGUCUCUGGGGCCACAACUGCCAUAGUGAGGUCCAUAGGCACAUCAGAAUCACCAAAGGGUCCAAACCUAUGGCCUCAGAGCCUGGAGAGCCAGGAAUCUGCAUUGCAACAACUCCCCGCUCAGGGCUUCUACCAGUCCAGUGCCCGCCCUCUGAGGGCACCCAGGGAACAGGGUGCUUGCUGGCUGGGACACUUUUUCCUGCCGCUCAGCUCCUCUGUGCUGCCCUGAGGCACAGGCAGUGGAAAGCUGGCAGAGCUGCUUCUAAAUUGAAACUGGAAAAUGAAACUGGAAAUCACAGUUUCAUUUCCAGUUUCACUUGCACCCCCUGGUGUUGGGGUUUCUUUUCCACAAGGAGAGUCCCCCAGGGAAAAAGAAGCGGGGGUGGGAGCGGCGGAGCCUUCUGGGGGAAGGCAGUGAGGGUGUCCAGUCUGCAGCCGGGCAUGGAGGGGCCCUAGCGCUGCACUUGCUUCCUCUAAGCCAGGCCGGCUUGCUGUCAGCCCUGGGGGUGGUUUCCUCUCUAGGAAGAGCUAAUGUCAUGCUUAUGCUGACAAACUCU